GUGGCGAGGAACUAAGUGUAAUGUACCAGCGCGUUCCAACGGAAGGGAUUCGUGAAACACUCAUUGAAUAGCGUAUGUUCACAUUGCCGCUUGUUCUAGUAAUGUAGCGCAUCCAUACAAGAGGAGAAGCAAAUAACAUAUGUGUUGUCAGAUACGUCCAUACUUAACGCCAUGACGGAUGCGGUGUUCCAGGCACCCAAACGGAGGCCAAGAGUUUUUGAGGCGUACGAUGCCCCGUUUCCUGUCCCUCUUGCUGCGGUGGGUGCGAGUCUGCAGCAGACCCUAAUCUACAGAGCAGAUAUGGUCAACCAGCAUGUCGUUGUCAGGGACCCUGAACACAUACAAGCUCUCUACGGAAAGGGUUACUUUGGUAAAGGCAUUUUAUCAAGAAGCAGACCAGACCACAGUAUCUCACACCAAUGGGAAAAGUUUGGUGACAGAGUUCUACCCGUCAUUUCCCUGUUCAAGUACCAGAAGCAUUUGAGCUGGGCACAGGACGUACUCCUAGCUCAAGGAUUGGAAGAGGAGGUUGUCAAUCAGAUACUGCAGAGACUUUGUCAGCCAAUGGAGCCAGGGCUCAGAGAGGAAAAUGGGAAUGAUGACUGCCCAGCCAGCCCUCACAGGAGUGAGGAAACCGGGUCAGGGGCAGGUAACCCCCAAGACAUGGCCUCAGAGCAGGCAGGGACAGUGGGACAGCAGGGCCAGUCAUCAGCUUCCUGGAGCCCAGAGGAUCAGGGGGAGCAGGACAGUCAGUGUCCCCAGGCUAAGAGGCCUAGGAGUCAAGUAGACGGAGGGUUCGACCCACUGUCUGAGCUGUACCCCCAGGAGUCACAGCAGAUAGACCCAGCGGCCCUGUCUACGGUCCGGUGCCCCAGGCAUGAUGACUGGCUGGUUGACUGUGGCUGUCGCCUGGAGGACAACGUGCUGGAGACCCUCACCCUGCAGAGAGACAGACAGACAGAGGCAGGCCGACAGGGGGCAGACCGUGGGUAUGAGUAUGUACUGGUGAUGGAAGAGGAGAAUAGUGUUGUCAAGCAGGGCAGAGCAGGGCCAGGGAUGACAGCGAGGAGAGUGUGUAGAGUCAACCCCUUCAGACUGCUAGAGUACCUUCAACUGACUCUGGAGGAGGCUUUCUUCUUGGUCUAUGCAUUAGGAUGCCUUUCAGUUUACUACAAUGAGGAGCCAUUGUCGGUGCUCCAGCUGUGGGAGAUGUUCCGGUCGGUUCAGCCCCACUUUGAGACGUCAUACAUGGCCUACCAUUACUUCCGCAGCAGGGGGUGGGUGCCCAAGCCUGGGGUGAAGUACGGGACUGACCUCAUGCUUUACCGAAAAGGACCACCUUUCUACCAUGCAAGUUACUCUGUGGUGGUGGAAAAGGUAGACCAGCCGGGUAGGGGAGGGGCUCUCCGUCCGUUCAGCUGGAGGUCUCUGGCUGCUCUCAGCAGGAUUACCGGCAACGUUUCCAAGGACUUGAUGCUGUGCUACGUCAUCUACCCAUCUCACCUGACAGAGGAACAUCUUUCCUCUCCAGACUGUCUCUGCAUGGUCACAGUUCAGGAGAUUAUUUUAAGCAGAUGGAUAUCAUCACGAGAGCGGACAGAGACGGACGACAUAUGACUUCUCUUUUUUUUGUCUGCUGUGUAAAUAUACAGCUCCUUCAGAAAGUAUUCACACCCUUUGACUUUUUCCACAUUUUGUUGUUACAGCCUGAACUUAAAAUGGAUAACAUUUCGAUGUUGUGUCCCUGGCCUUAACACAAUGCCCCAUAAUGCCAAAGUUAUAUUAUGUAUUUAGAAAUGUGUAUAUAUAUUUUUAUAAAAAUUUAAACUGAAAUGUCUUGAGUCGGUAAGUAUUUAACCCAAAUCAAAUCAAAUUUUAUUUAUAUAGCCCUUCGUACAUCAGCUGAUAUCUCAAAGUGCUGUACAGAAACCCAGCCUAAAACCCCAAACAGCAAGCAAUGCAGGUGUAGAAGCCCCUUUGUUAUGGCAAUCCUAAAUCGUUUCAGAAGUACACAUUUUGCUUAACAAGUCACAUAAGUUGCAUGGACUCAAUCUGUGUGCAAUAAUAGUGUUUAACAUGAUGUUUGAAUGACUACGUCAUCUCUGUACCACACACACAAAAUUAUCUGUAAGGUCCCUCAUCUCUGUACCACACACAAAAUUAUCUGUAAGGUCCCUCAGUCGAGCAGUGAAUUUCAAACAAAGGUUCAACCACAAAGACCAGGGAGGUUUUUCAAUGCCUCGCAAAGAAGGGCGCUUAUUGGUAGAUGUGUAAUAAAAAAUAAAAUAAAAAACAGACAUUGAAUAUCCCUUUGAGCAUGGUGAAGUUAUUAAAUACACCCAGUCACUACAAAGAUACAGGCGUCCUUCCUAAGUCAGUUGCCGGAGAAGAAAGAAACCGCUCAGGGAUUUCACCAUGAGGCCAAUGGGGAAUUUAAAACUGUUUAAUGGUUGUUUGGGGCAAGUCCAACACAACACAUCACUGAGUACUACUCUUCAUAUGUUCAAGCAUGGUAAUGGCUGCAUCAUGUUAUGGGUAUGCUUGCCAUCGGCAAGGACCAGGGAGUUUUCUAAGGAAAAAAUAAACAAUAGAGCUAAGUACAGGCAACAUCCUAGAGGAAAACCUGGUUCAGUCUGCUUUCUAACAGAUACUGAGAGACAAAUUCACCUUUCAGCAGGACAAUAACCUAAAAAGGACAAAUAUACACUGGAGUUGCUUACCAAGACAACAUUUGAAUGUUCUUGAGUGGCCUAGUUACAGUUUUGACUUAAAUCGGCUUGACAAUCUAUGGCAAUGAUCAACAACAAACUUGACACAGCUUGAAGAAUUCUAAGAAGAAUAUUGUGCAAAUAUCGUAACUAUCCAGGUGUGCAAAGCUCUUAGACUUACCCAGAAAGACUCACAGCUGUAAUUGCUGCCAAUGGUGAUUCUGUGUGUAGAUGGGUGAGAAAAUAAUUAUUGAAUUCAGGCGAACACAAUAACAAAUGGAAUAAAUCGAGGGGUAUGAAUACUUUCUGAAGGCAUUCCAUCCAUUUCAAUGAUUGGUUUUCAGUGGAAUUUAGUGUUACUUAACAUGUGAAAGUCUCAAUAAAUAUUUGUUUUUGAACAUG